GUUUAACCUUUCUCUAACCUUUUCUAAACAUGCGUUAAAGUUGCUGUUAGUUGUUAUUAUUUGACUUGAAUAUUCUAUUGAUUUUCUCUAAAUAUGGGGAAGUUGAAUGUGACUAUAUUAAGAUAUCUUUCGAAAGAAGAUUUUAGAGUGCUUACAGCUAUUGAAAUGGGGAUGAAAAACCAUGAACUGGUUCCAGGUGCACUUGCUGCUGUAAUUGCCAAUUUAAGGCAUGGAGGGGUACAUAAAAUUUUGAGAGAUCUCUGUAAAAAUAGGCUAUUGUCAUAUGAAAGAGGAAAACACUAUGAUGGAUACAGACUCACAAAUGCGGGUUAUGACUAUCUAGCUCUUAAAACACUUUCUUCUCGUGGUUCUGUCUACUCCUUUGGCAAUCAAAUUGGUGUUGGAAAGGAGUCUAAUAUUUAUAUUGUUGCAAAUGAAGAUGGAACAGAAUAUUGCUUGAAACUUCACAGGCUAGGCAGAAUUUGUUUCCGUAAUUUGAAGGAAAAAAGAGAUUAUCAUGCUCAUAGGCACAAAGCAUCUUGGUUAUAUUUAUCUCGAAUUUCAGCUACAAAAGAAUAUGCCUACAUGACAGCUUUGUACAAUAGAGGCUUCCCAGUACCUAAGCCAAUAGAUGUUAACAGGCAUUGUGUCGUAAUGGACUUGGUUCAGGGUCAACCAAUGAGUCGAGUUUACCAGUUAGAAGAAAGUGUAGUUGAAAAACUUUAUGAUGAGUUGAUGGAUCUUAUUGUAAAACUAGCUAAUCAUGGAGUCAUUCAUGGUGAUUUUAAUGAAUUUAAUAUCAUGAUUACUGAAGAAGGAAAACCAAUCGUUAUAGAUUUUCCACAAAUGGUUUCUACAAAUCAUAUCAAUGCUAAGAUGUUUUUCGAAAGGGAUGUGACUUGUAUUAAAGAUUUCUUCAGAAGACGUUUUGCUUAUGAAAGUGAAUUAUUUCCAACAUUUGAUGAUAUUGAGAGAGAAGACUCUUUAGAUGUUGAAGUAUCUGCUAGUGGAUUUACUCGACAAAUGGAUAAAGAUCUCCUUGAAGGAAUGGGAAUAGAUGAGGCAAGUGAUGAUAUAGACGAUUCUGAUGUUCAAAAUGAAGACAAUGGUGAAUCAGUGGAGAAAUUGCCAGAUAACUUUGAUUUGUCAAGUGAAGCUUUGCCUGACCACAUAGAUAAAUAUCUAGAAGGUUUAAAGUUAGAGAAUGAAAAAAGUGCUGUUGAAAAUUCGAACUCAGAAGACCAGAUCCCAGAUUGUGAUACUAAAUUUUCGCAGCAGAUGCUCAAGGAUUUAGAAGCCAUGAAAAAAGAAAGCACUGAAAUUAGCGAUUGUGAAAAAGGAAGUACCGUUUCAUUUAUACGGAGUGUCUCUACAACAUCUACUAUUCCACCUGAGGUCAUUAGGGGUAAAGUAAAAAAGGCACUUGAUAAAAGGGAGAGGCAGGAAUUGAGGCAUCGAGCUGUUUGUAAAGGUGAAGCAAGUGCAGUAACUAGAAAAAGAAGAGAGAAUAGAGAUACCAUAAAAGAUUGUUCUGGUAUUUGGGGCUGGGAGUAGCCACCUCUUUGUUUAUCAUAUUUUAUUAUCUUAUAGAUAUAUGUAUAUGUAUAUAACAUUAUAAUGAAGUUUUUAAUGUAACCUAUUUUGUU